UAGUUUUCCAUCAGAGUGAGUCAGAAGAGGAACUCCACUGAGGAACUCCAGUAAGACUUCAAGCAUAAAAGCUUCAGGAUAUGCACACAAGCCUCGCACCCACACCAGCUCCUUUCGCACACAUAAAUUAUGGGAUGUGCAACUAACACCAGUUGACAAGGGGACACUUGGAUAGAGAGUGCGCGUAAAGCAUGGCUUGGAUACGCACAUGUUUUUUCCUGUCUUGGUUUUGAGUCUGUUUACAGUAUUGGACAGGUGUUUGCAAAUCCACCGAAUGAGACAAGGAUAUAUUUGGAUAACAUUACGCGCAUUUUGGAUAGAUUGUUAGAUGGAUAUGACAACAGACUCCGACCUGGAUUUGGAGGUCCUGUCACAGAGGUUAAAACGGACAUCUUUGUCACCAGCUUUGGUCCUGUUUCUGAUGUGGAAAUGGAAUACACAAUGGAUGUGUUUUUUCGGCAAACGUGGAUUGAUGACCGGCUGAAAUUUGAGGGCCCCAUUGAGAUCCUGCGUCUCAACAACCUAAUGGUCAGCAAGAUCUGGACACCGGACACAUUUUUCCGAAAUGGCAAACGUUCUAUUUCACACAACAUGACCACUCCCAACAAGCUGUUCCGCAUCAUGCAGAACGGAACUAUUCUGUACACCAUGAGGUUAACCAUCAAUGCAGAGUGCCCCAUGCGAUUGAUAAAUUUUCCAAUGGAUGGACAUUCAUGCCCUUUGAAAUUUGGCAGCUAUGCCUACCCUAUGAGUGAGAUUGUUUACACGUGGAAGAAAGGACCGUUAUUUUCAGUGGAAGUUCCUCAAGAGAGUUCCAGUCUACUACAGUAUGAUCUCAUGGGACAGACGGUGUCUAGUGAGAGGUUGAAAUCAAACACAGGUGAAUACAUAGUCAUGACGGUAUACUUCCACCUGCAGAGGAAAAUGGGUUUCUUCUUGAUCCAGACAUACAUCCCUUGCAUUAUGACUGUGAUCUUAGCGCAAGUCUCCUUCUGGAUUGACAAAGAGUCAGUACCUGCCAGAACUGUGUUUGGCAUCACCACAGUGCUAACCAUGACCACACUGAGCAUUAGCGCCCGGCAUUCGUUACCAAAGGUCUCCUAUGCCACCGCCAUGGACUGGUUCAUCGCUGUCUGCUUCGCAUUUGUCUUUUCUGCCCUUAUCGAGUUUGCUGCUGUCAACUAUUUCUCCACCUUGCAGGCCAAUAAGGAGCUUCGGCGGGCCAAUAUGGCCUGUGCUGCGGCCGCAGCAGCGGCCAGAAGUGAUGGAGAACUUGUUUCGAAUCCUCUAGAUCCUGGAGGUGUGCUGAAGAAAAGGCUGAACUCCCUCUCCCAAAGAGAUGCUACUGACAGGUUCCCCAGGCCGCCUCAGUGUGAUUUCCAUCAGCAAGGUUCCACUGUCCCUGCCAACAACAUGCUGAUAGGAACUAGUAUUAUUGACAAGUACUCACGCAUCCUCUUUCCUCUGUCCUUUGGGGCCUUUAACUUGGUCUACUGGAUUGUCUAUCUCACCAAAGACACUAUGGAGUCCAGGGAAGUGUGAGCUCUGUUAGAAACAAUGGAGAAAGGCGACUGAAGACAAUGACCACCUAAUAAACUAACGGACGGACGGACGGAUGGACGGACAGAUGAAUGAGAGAAACAAUAAGGGUCAGCUGCUGAAGAUUUAACUGUGAUUGUCCUCAGAGGGCUCAGUUUUAAUCUUCUUCACCUUUGCCCCAUCCCUCUCUGUCGGUCUGAUAGCAUGUAUUGACCUCUCAUUGCUCUGGCAUGAAACUCUCUGACUACAGAAUGAUUUUCCUACUCUCUAAAGACAUUCAAGUUGCAGUAGCACUUGUGGCACUCUUGUUAUGACAUUCUUCCUUUACACAUCCAUCACAAAACACACAGAAACUCAGCAGACACUCACAGUAAUGUGCAGGUAAAGCAUUCCAAGAUGGAAUGCAAGCAGCAAAUAUAAUCCUUAUAGCAGCCAUAUUACUUUUACUUCGAAAAGAAGCAUCAGGCAAUACUACAUUGAAGGCCAUCCUUUGCUAUAACAGAUUCAAUUUUCAAAGGCUCUCAUACAGGUCCAGAACUGUGUGUAGUGGGUUAGUGUACCAUUUAUGACAAAUCUUUGCAUCUGUUGGUUGAGAACUCACUGACAAUUGUUUGAAUUGGUGCAUUAUAAUCAUUGAAUAUUAAACCAUCAUGAAGGAUGCAUGUUCAUUCAUUCAUUCAUAAUUUUUUUCAUAGGUUACACUUGGUCUUGUGAAUGGCUCAUGUUGUUUGUCCCUUGGCUUUAUGACUCUGCAGACAAUCAUUGGACCUAAUUCUUAGCCAAACAUUUACACAUCCCUCAGUGUGAUGAUACAUGCAUUAUGGUAAAUGAGAUACAUUAUAGAUUUUAGAAUCUGAUAUUGUAUUUUUUUAAAUAUAGCAAGUAUUCUGUCAGGUGUCAACUUUGUCCAUCUAUGCCUAGUAUGUGCACCUACUGCACAUUACUUAAGAAAGUACUGAAUAAAAUAAGGUAACUACAUGGGUUAGGGUUAAGUUUAAAGGUGCCCUAGAACGUCUUUUUAAAAGAUGUAAUAUAAGUCUAAGGUGUCCUCUGAAUGUGUCUGUGAAGUUUCAGCUCAAAAUACC